GCGUCAGCAGCAGUCUUGGCACUGAGAUUCAUGACUCCGCGUUUCUGCUGGAGGACGCUCUCGCCCGCUGAAGGGAGGACAGUCCGCCUCGCUGUCCGCAGCCUGGACGUGUUUAUGAGGCGCAGCUAGACCCAUGUCUGGCCCCGUCUCCGCGGGUUGUGUGUGCUCGAGCUGCGCGGUCGGACCAGAGAAACGUCUCCUGCCCGCCUUGUUGUUGCUGCUGCUAACGUGACGCAGCUCCGGCCGACAUGGCUGAGGAUGACAGCGAGUGGAUCGUGGAGAGCAUCGUCGGAUACCUGGGGAGUCCCGAAUGGGUCAUUCCCGUCACCGACUUUAUGGAGAACAAAUGCACAGUCUUUGACGACGAGGAUGAAAAUAAACUAUCAUACACAGAAAUCCACAAGCAGUAUAAGAAACUGGUGGAGAAGCUGUUGGAGAAUUACAUGCAGGAGGUUGGCAUCAACGAGCCGCAGUUUCUGCAGGCAUGCACCUCUCCCUUUGCCAAGUCACAAACUCUGCAGUCGGUGUUCCAGCCAGUUUUGGCCACAGAUGACUUCCAGAUAUUUCGCUCACUGAUGGUUCAGAAGAACAUGGAGCUGCAGCUUCAAGCGCUCAGGGUCAUCAAAGAAAGGAAUGGAGCGCUCCCUGAGUGCUUGACUGAUGGCGUCGACGUGAUGACAGAGUUGCAGCAGCAAGAGAUGAAAAUCCUUGAGGAGGUUCUCAAAAAGUCAAAAGAGGAGUAUGAUUUGGAAAUGAGCAGGAGGCUGCUAUUAGAAGAGGAGGUAGGUUCCACCUCCAGCAGCUGCUCUGAUAAGCCAGUGCUAAAAGGUGAAGAGGACCAGAGUACCAGAUCUGUUCCCUGCCAAAACACUCCAGAGGUCAACAGCAGUCCUCUCAGAGAAGAAGGGAAGGAGACGGCUUCCACCGGAUGUGCAGCUGACAAAAAUGCAGUCAAAAGUAGCUCUAAACCCGUAUCAGGUUGUGGCAAUAACAGUGGGCAGUCCAGAGUUCUUCCUGCAGUUAGAGCUCCAACAAAGUCUGAAAUCUCCACUAGCUGCAGUCCACAGACAAAGGGGGAGAGCAACAGCAGGCAGAAGGCAACUGAUGCCCGCGUGGAGGAGGCGCAGAGGGACGCUGGCUCCGCUAAACUAAACACUGAGUCGUCAGCAGCGCAGCAGGAGGAGCUCCAGCAGAGGACGCUGUAUCUGCGUCAGCAGCGAGACAAGCUUCAAGCCCUGAAAAAGGAUCAGCAGAAAGUCAAACAGACAACCACAGCGGAGGAGGCACCAGCCAGCCCCCCGCCGCCACCUUCCACCUCCCCGGAGGCAGGCGGGCAGCCCCAAAGGAAUGGGGCCAGUUCUCCUCCUCCUCCUCCUCCUCCUCCUUCUUCAGCGCAACAAUCUAACUCCUCUAAACAGAAGGAAAUAUCUGCUGAGGAGAGGAAGAGGCUGCAAAAGAGAAAACACCUGGCUGACAAGCUGAAAGAGGAAGUGAUCAAGAAAUAACUUCCCGUCCAUAUGCAAUAUCGUAUUUCUUCUCACUGCUAAACAAUCGCAUGACUUCCUUUACACUGCCUCAAAAUUCCCUUCACAGGACAGAUAUCAGGGUUUUUAUUUGACGAUGGUGAAAAGUAAGACAGGUUCCUAUCUUCCAAGUUUUCUUCCUCACAAACAUAUAUUUCAGUCUCUUGGACAGACCACUCCAGUAUUUCUGGUAAUUGUAGCUUCACAUGUUUGAACAAGUUCAGGAAAUUAAAUGACAGAAAUCAAGCUACCAAAAGGCUUUUGCUUUUCAUUACAUACCUGGCCUGUGUCCAAAAUCCCUCUAAUAACCAUCACAUUAAAUGUACUGCAUUCAUGUAAUUGACUGGUAGUCUCUGGAUCUGAAGAAGUGCUGAA